AAAGAAUGUCUCAUCCCUGUCACAGUAAUCCAAGGGAAAAAAAAAAAACAAACAGCCAAAGCUCUCUUUCGACUUUAGAGUUUUGAGUUGUGACUUUGGAGUUGUGAGAAAACAUACAUGGCGGCUGUGAUAGUUCCAGAAGUUACUCCUUCUCCAGUACAGGAUUCUGAGACACUCAAGAAGGCCUUCAAAGGUUGGGGAACAGAUGAGAAAGUAGUAAUUAAAGUUUUGGGUCAGAGAAAUGCAAGUCAAAGAAGAAAAAUCACUGAAACUUAUCAACAGCUUUACAAUGAAUCUCUUUUUGAUAGUCUCCGCUCUGAACUAUCCGGUGACUUCAUGAAUGCGAUACUUUUAUGGACAUAUGAUCCUCCGGAAAGGGAUGCACGACUAAUUAAUGAAGCUUUGAAGGCGAGGAAGAAAGGGGUGAAACAUUUGCAAGUUAUAGUGGAAGUAGCAUGUGCAUCGUCUCCUCACCAUCUGAUGGCUGUCAGACAGGCCUACUGUUCCUUAUUUGACUGCUCUCUUGAAGAAGACAUAGCAUCUUGUGUACAACUUCCAUUGCGAAAGCUUCUUGUGGGUUUAGUGAGCUCCUACAGGUAUGAUAAAGAAAUGGUAGAUAUGACUGUUGCUAAGCUGGAAGCUGGCCACCUUUAUGAAUCUAUCAAAAAGAAGGAAUUGGACCAUAAUCAUGUUAUGUGGAUUCUUGGAACUCGGAAUUUCUUUCAGCUCAGAGCAACUUUUGCAAGUUAUAAGCAGGAGUAUUCUAGUACCAUUAACCAGAAUAUUCUGAAAUGUGGAAAUGGUGAUUUGCAAGCUUUACUGAGCAUUGUCAUUUUGUGCAUAGAAUGUCCCGAGAAGCAUUUUGCUGAGGUAAUAAGAGCAGCAGUUGUGGGACUCGGCACAGAUGAAGAUUCACUUACAAGAGCAAUAGUGACGCGAGCUGAAGUGGACAUGGUAAAGAUAAAGGAAGAGCAUGUGAAAUUGUACAAAGAAAGUGUUGAGGAUUCUGUUAUUGGUGACACCUCAGGGGAUUACAAGAACUUCCUGCUCACUUUGCUUGGCAAAGAAAUUUAAGAACAAUCAUCAGAUAACCUUCCAAAGGCAAUGUGGUCGUUGAUCUUGGCUUGUUUACUGCAUUCCUAUACUAUGUAUGUUAUGUUUAUGUAUGUAUGUGAUGUUUGAAACUAGUUCUCUUGUAUCAAUGGAUUUGAGUCUUAAGUUAUUCAUUGUGGCAGAUGCUUCUGAGU